AUGACAUUGAUCUCCGAGCAACUCAGCAGACCAUCAUCGUCUCCGGUAAAAGCGAAGAACGUCGAACAGAAUGUACAACCAUGGCAGACCCUCGACCAAUUCAUGAAAUUUGAGGGUCCGGAUCACAGGCUUUGGUGGGAAAGAAUGGCGCCUAUUAUCGGGGCCCAUCUUAAGAAUACCAAGUACAGUAUCGGGGCUCAGUACCAACAUCUCUUGAUGCUUCAUUCCACCAUUCUCCCAACCCUCGGGCCGUUUCCCAAUGAAAACAGAUCCAAUCUGAUUUGGCCUUCCUGUUUGCCUGGAGGUGGAGAGCCAUGGGAAAUUAGUGUCAACUACCGAGAGGGAUCGAAUCCUUGUUUUCGAAUGGCUGUUGAGCCAAGUGGCCCUGAUGCUGGAACCGAACGGGAUCCUGUCAAUGACGUUGCUGCCAGAAACCUCCUCAACGCGUUGAACCGACUUCAACCGGGUGUUGACUUUGAUUUAUUCAACUACUUCGAUGAUGUAGUUACAUUUUCGAAUCGUGAAGCGCGUCAACACUGGGAUUCUCUGAAGCUGCAUCGAAUCAAAUCUCAGGAAGUCAUCGCGCUUGAUUUGCAGGAUGGAUCUUUCGCUAUCAAACCAUACAUUGUCCCAUUGGUUCGAUCAAUCGCAACUGGGGUUGAUCCUAUUCGGAUCAUGCUGGACUCGAUAAAGGAAUAUUGGCAGGGAACACCCCUGACCGCAGGCCUGUCAAAGGUAGAUGAUUAUCUUUCAACCACCAAGCAUCCACUGCUGGAAGCCAAAAGCUUUCUUUCAUUUGACUGCAAGGACCCCAAGACAUCCCGUGUCAAAAUAUACGCUGGAGCCAACAUAACGUCUCUGGAAGAUGCACAUGACUUUUGGUCGUUGGGAGGCCGUCUUCAAGGUGAUGAUAUCAUCAAGGGCUGGGAAUUGGUGAAAAAGGUCUGGGAAUUUGUAUAUCCCAAAUCUCUCCCGGGGGGAAAGACCAGAGAGUACCUGACUUUCAAUUGGAAUUGGGAGUUGUCUCCAACCGACCCUAAUCCUGCUCCAAAGGCAUACUUUCUCCUCUGUGAUGACUAUGAUAAGCACGUUACUGAGGCACUGGUUGCUCUCUUCGCGGGUCUUGGAUGGAAUGACCAUAUUUCCACGCACCAGAAGAUACAGGAAGAUUCCUACCCCACCUACGAUUUUGAGACCAGUAGCAAGGUUUAUACGUGGAUUGCUAUUGCCUUUUCAGAGAGGACUGGUCCAUAUAUAACAGUUUAUAGCAACCCCGCUGCAUCAUUCUGA